AUGACUAUUAAAAUAUUGUUGAAAUUACAAGAACUACUUAAAGAGUAUUUACAUGAGAAUGAGCUAUAUAGAUUGAAGGAAGUAUUCAAAGAUAACACUGUAAUUUAUAAUAAAGAAUUGUUUGAUGAAGUUGAAAGACAAGAAAAAGAAUUUAAAUAUAUCAAAGAAAUCUUUAAAAAGAUUCAGAAGAAAAAAAAGUUACUAACUGAUGUAGAAAUUGAUGAUGAUAUAUUAAAGCUAAUUAAAGAACUUACAGACAUAACAAUAGAAGAAGACAGCAGUAAAGAAUGUGAGAUUAAGAUUGUUAAAAAUGAUCUUGAAUGGAUAAAGAAUUUAGAAGAAUUUAAGCUUAUUGAUAGACCAAUUAAUAGAAAUUUAGCACAAUCAAAUACACACAUGCAUCACAUUGGCAAACAAGAAGAAAAUCCAACUGAACAAAAAAUUACUGGUACAUUAAUCAACCAAUCAAUGGUAUUUCAAAAUGGAAUUCCCAUACCUCAUGAUAACCAACAAAACAAUAUCAACGAAGAACAACAAAAUACACCCACUCCUCAAAACAAUAACAAUGAAACAAAUCUUAAUGAUGAAGAUUUGUUUUUUUAA